AUGGCGGCGCCGCUGCUCCUGGAGGUAUCUAAGAAGCACCACCGCCGCGUGAACAACCCCGUACCGGCGGCGCCGCGGGGGCUCCCCUUCCUCCGGGGUAAUCUCUCCUACGACGCCGCUACCCUGCCGCCGCAACGGGUCUUCCCCAUCGGAGAGGACUUCCUCCUAAACUGGAGCACCCACGGCGGCGGAGUCCUCUCCGUGGCCCCCCGGUCGGAGCCCCGCCGGGCCAUCUGGUCCACCGUCGCCGGGGAGGCUUUCGUCUCCGCCGCCGCCGCCCGCACGGUGGCGGAGGAGAGCAGGGGCUCCCUCUCCGUCGCCGACGGCCAGCUCCUCGCCCUCUGCCCCCACCAGACCCUUGACCACAUCCAGAUGAGCGAGAAAGACUCCUCUUCUUCCUCCUCCCCGGUCUGUGUGAUCUCCGGGUGGGUCUACAGCGAGAGGCGCAGGAGAGAGAAAGUCGCCGCCGCUGGGAGAUACUGGGUCCUCCUCGAGCAGAAGACAGCCCAUCAGGUGGGCUUCCAGGUGAAGUUCGGGGAGGUGCUCCACGGCGGCGCCGCCCGCUCCGCCGCCGCCCGCAGGUGGCGCGCGGUGCGGCUCCGGUGGGGGCGGCACCGGCGGGGGGUCCCCUGCUUCCCCCGGUUCCGGCGGAGGGAAUUCGCCCCCAUUUCCUCCGACGAGGAGGAACAGGACGACGGCCGCCGCUCGCCGCCGCCGCCCCGAGAAUUCAACAGGGUGGUGAUCACCUUCUCCAGCGAUCCAGAGGAGAGGAUCUACGGAUUUGGUGAGCAGUUCUCCCACAUGGAAUUCAAGGGGCGGCGGGUCCCCAUCCUGGUCCAGGAGCAGGGCAUCGGAAGGGGCGACCAGCCCAUCACCUUCGCCGCCAACCUGGUCAGCCACAGGUACCACCACGGGAAACCUUAACCUUUGUCCUUCUUCUUCUUCCUCCUGCGCGGGGACUGAUAAGGAGAUUGCUCUCUCUCUCUCUCUCUCUCUCCCCUCAGGUCGGGAGGGGACUCGAGCACCACAUACGCCCCUUCCCCGUUCUACAUGACCUCCAAGAUGAGGGCGGCGUACCUGGAGGACCACAGCUACUCCGUCUUCGACCUGACGAAGCCCGACCGAGUCCAGAUCCAGGCGAGAGCUCCUCGUCUCCUCCCCUGGUUGCCCUAAAAAUCAUCUUCCUGCAGAAAUACGAUGGAGGAAUCAGAGUUUUCCCUUUUUUGGUUUACUGAAAGGGAGUUCUUGCAGAUAUACAGAGAUUCUGCGAGGGGGAGGAUCUUGGAGGGGAAGACCCCUGUGGAGCUGGUGGAGCGGCUCACCGAGACCGUCGGAAGGCCGCCGGCGCUGCCCAGCUGGAUCAUCUCCGGCGCCGUCGUGGGGAUGCAGGGGGGAACGGAAGCCGUCCGCCGGACAUGGGAGACGCUGCGGGCCCUGGACGUCCCCAUCGGCGCCUUCUGGUUGCAGGUGCCUGCACGUCUGGUUCUCUGCGGCGGGCUAUGAACAGAGAGAGAGAGAGAGAGAGAGAGAGAGAGAGAGAGAGAGAGAGAGAGAGAGAGAUCUGAGCUGAGCUCUGAGGUUGACGAUGGAUUUCCAGGACUGGGUCGGCCAGAGGGAGACGAUCAUCGGCUCCCAGCUAUGGUGGAACUGGGAGCUCGACGCCGAUCGGUACCCCCGCUGGCCGCAGCUGGUGGAUGAUCUCCGAGCUCACGGCAUCCGGGUGAUGGCCUACUGCAAUCCCUGCCUCGCCCCGGUAAGAUCAAGAUCACAAAUCACAAACUAUUGAAUAAUUCAAGAAAACAAAGAAACUUGUUUUUAUCCAUUUGGAAGAGAACUGGUCAUCAUCUUGCAGACCGACGGGAAGCCCAACAGGAAGAGGAAUCUGUUCAAGGAGGCCGACCAUCUGGACAUUCUGGUCAAGGACGGGGCCGGGUCGACCUACAUGGUCCCCAACACGUCCUUCGACGUGGGGAUGAUCGACUUCACGCACCCCGCCGCCGGCGACUGGUUCAAGAAAAUCCUGCAGGAAAUGGUGGACUGCGGCGUCAGGGGAUGGAUGGCGGACUUCGGCGAGGGUCUGCCGCUAGACGCCAAGCUCUUCUCCGGUAAGCUGGAGAUCCUCCUCCUCCUGCUCCUCAUCUCGGCCGCCAAGCUCAAAUCUUCUUCUUCUUCUUCUUCCGCCGCCAGGGGAGGACCCGAUCUCUGCACAUAACAGAUAUCCGGAGAUGUGGGCCAAGGUGAACAGGGAGUUUGUAGACUCUUGGAGCUCCACUCGCCGGAGGGAGGAGGCGGGGGUGGCGGCGGAGGAAGAGGAAGAUGAAGAUGGUCUGGUCUUCUUCAUGCGAGCCGGCUUCAGGGACAGCCCCAGGUGGGCCAUGCUGUUCUGGGAAGGCGAUCAGAUGGUAAGCUGGCAGAGCAACGACGGGAUAAAGAGCAGCGUCGUCGGCUUGCUCAGCGGCGGCCUCUCUGGUUUCGCCUUCAACCACAGCGACAUCGGCGGCUACUGUUCGGUGAACAUCCCCGUCGUCAGAUACCGCCGGAGCGAGGAGCUCCUCCUCCGCUGGAUGGAGCUGAACGCCUUCAACACCGUCUUCCGCACCCACGAGGCAAGCCUGCAGCUCUCUUCCCCUCUUCCCAUCUUCCAUUAAACUUCCUCUGCAACCUGUCCAAGAUCACCGGGGGGGCCCUGAAAAACCCUAAUCCCAACAGGGAAACAAGCCGUCCUCCAACUGCCAGUUCUACUCCAACCACAGAACGCUGGCCCACUUCGCCCGCUUCGCCAAGGUCUACAGGGCGUGGAGGUUCUACAGAGUUCACCUCGUGAAGGUAAUGUGACCAGCAAGUCCCCUCCAGACAUGGCGUGAUUCUGCUUUGAGCGUCCGCAUCUCAAGGUCUUCCUUCCUUUCCUCCUUCCCUCUUGGUGGAUCGAGCAGGAGGCCUCGGAGAGGGGUCUGCCGGUGCUGAGGCACCUCUUCCUCCACUACCCCGAGGACGAGCGCGUCCACAGCCUGACCUACCAGCAGUUCAUGGUGGGGACGGAGAUCAUGGUGGUUCCUGUGAUGGACCGGGACAAGAGGGAAGUGGACGCCUACUUCCCCCGGGGAGACGGCCGGCCAUGGCGGCACAUCUGGUCGGGGAGAUUAUUCGAAGACCCCUCCGGCUGCUGCUUGAAUCCCCGGCGCGGAUUCGAGGCCCGGGUCGAGGCUCCCCUCGGCUUCCCUGCAGUUUUUGUCAGGCACGGAUCUCCCGUGGGAGAAGAAUUCCUCAAGAACCUCAGAGAUCUAAACAUCACCUGA